CUGUUUUUCCGUCUCCUUCAGUUUGCUGUCCAUUGCUGCCAUUUAUCCACCAUCUCCUCAUCUUCUCUUCUACCCAUUCGCAUAGUAUCAGUUACAAAAGAACUCGGUGCGUCGAGGCGUGUAUUCAACGCAAAUAAACCUAUACUCUUAAAUGUUAUUUUUAUUUUGUGUAAUAUAAUGUUUCAUUAUUUUUUAUUCAAUUACUUGUUGUAGUUAAAAUCAUAUACUCUAAUUAAGUGUGAUUAUAAUUAUUUUUAAAAAUUUUAUUUUCAUGUAAUAUUAAUUGUGCUUACAUAUUUAAAUUGUUAGUCAUCUUAGUGGUGAGUUUGGAUUAUAUGUGCGGCUGGUACACCGGUAUCCGGUGUACCGUGGCCGAAAAUAUUACGCUAAAAUUCAAACAAGUGCAUAAUAUAACUUACUAAUUUGUAGAACAUUAGGAAAACGUUCAAAAUGCCGGAUCAUACGACAUAUUAUAUCGUAGUGUUAAUGACUUUGACAUUUAAAUUACUUUUAAUUAUUCAACAAUGUCAAUGCAUCUCAGAAAGCAUCAUUGGUAGCCGUGAAACAUGUGAAAUUGAGGGGGAAGACUUCACUGUUGACAAAAUACCAAAUACACGAUGUUUCAGUUGUAUAUGCAAGAAUGGUUUCGUCGAAUGCGUCAAACAUCAAUGCCCUAGCAUUGAAGGAUGCUAUACAAUAUUAGACCGAAGUACUGAUGAAUGUUGUCAUCGAUGCAAAGGCUGUGUAAAGGAUGGAAUUCAUCACGCAUCCGGAACUGAAUGGACUGAUGAUAAUGACCCUUGUAGAAUUCUCACCUGCAAGGCAGGUGUAAUUACAGAAUCAAAGCUUAAGUGCUAUACACCAUGUGCUAAUCCAAUCCCACCAUUGCCAGGGCAAUGCUGUCCAACUUGUCAUGGUUGUUAUGUUAAUGGUCAAAGAGUAACAUCGGACCGAUCAGUUAAAACUACUGAAGACCCUUGUGUUACAUGCCGAUGUAAAGAUAAUCGACUUACUUGUACCAAAAAAGCUUGCCCUGUUCAACAUUGUCCUGUUUCAAGAAUUGCUCAUGAACCUGGAGAAUGCUGCCCUUAUUGUUCAGGUAAUGGGCGAUAUAUGCUCCCUCCAAAAGGUGCUUGUAUUCUUGGCCAAGCAGUGUAUAAUUCUGGAAGUACAUUUUACGUUGACCACUGUACCCGAUGUUUAUGUACAAAUUCAACAAUAUCAUGUUACAAAGAAACUUGUCCAAUAUUAGAAUGUACUAAUGAACAUCAAGUAACUCUACCGGGACGAUGUUGUCCUCAAUGUCCUGUUGUAGAAGAAAGUCGUGCAUCGUGCACUUAUGGUGGUCGAACUUACUUGGAUGGCGAAUCAUGGAAACUUGACUCUUGCAAGGCAUGCGCUUGCAUGCAAGGUAAAGUAAGAUGUGCUAUGCCAAUGUGUUCACCACUGAGUGUUCCAUGUCCACCAAAUUCAAGACUUGAACAUCCUGAAGGUCAAUGUUGUCCUAAAUGUGUAGAAAGUGAUGGAGUAUGCACUGUAUUUGGUGAUCCACAUUAUAAGACGUUUGAUGGCAAAUUUUUUAGCUUUAAAGGUUCUUGUAAAUACCAACUAGUGAGCGAUUGUUUGACCCAUACAUUUAGUAUAAGAGUUACAAAUGACGCAAGAUCAACAAGAUCUUCAGCAUGGACAAAAACAAUUGCUUUAAAGAUUGGUGAUUUAAAAGUGAAUCUCGGUCAAAAAAUGAAAAUAAAAGUAAACGGAAAAAAAAUAAAUAUUCCUUUUGAAUUACCAAAUAAACUAGAAGUUAAUCGCACUGCUGAUAGUAUACUUGUUAGUACAAAAAUUGGAAUUAAAAUUUUAUGGGAUGGUAUUAGUUUUAUUGAAGUAUCAGUGCCAUCAUUGUAUCGCAAUCAUCUAUGUGGGCUAUGUGGAAAUUUUAAUUCAUUGACUAAAGAUGACUUUAUGACUAGAAAAGGUCGACUAGUACAAGAUCCUUAUCUUUUCGGUCAAUCUUGGACCGUAGGAUCAAAGAAAAAGUGUCCUAAAUCGAGAGUUCAUGUUCAAAAGCAUUGUAGAAGAAGAGAAAACCACAGGUUGUGCAAUCGACUGAGGUCUAUGACUUUUGAUUCUUGCCAUAAAAAAGUUAACCCUGCAAUGUACUAUAAAGCUUGCCUUCAGGACAUGUGUGAAUGUCCAACAAACAACUGUUAUUGUCAAUCUUUCGUAGCAUAUGUUCAUGAAUGUCAACGACUUGGUAUUCAAUUAUCUAACUGGCGAACGUCUACAAAGUGUCGUACAGUAUGGGAAUUAGAAAAGAAUAAUUACCAACGACGUCGUCAUUAAUAUCUUAAAUUAAUCAAAUUGUUUAGACAAUUAAUGAUUUUGAAAAACGAAUUUUUUGCUUACUCUAAAAAUCGUAAGCGUUGAAAAAAUAUUUAAAAGAUUCGUAUAACAUUUUUAUACUGAAGUACAAUGAUCCAUUGAAUGGAAGUGAGUUCAGAAUUAUUACUAGUCACUUCGAAUUUGAACUUAAUUGAAGAAUAUUUUACAGUAAAAAAAGUAAUUGUCAUCCAUUGUUAAGAGCCUCACUUAUCACUAUUCAUUAUAUGCUUUAAUUAUUUAUACUUAAGAUGAAAUAUGCUGAAAAUGAGUAUAUGGACAGUUUUUGAUCCUUAAACUUUUUUAUUUUUACUUAAAUACUUUAUGACUUAAAAUAUUAUAUCCUCAAAAUAUCAAUUGAUUAUAGAUUCUCUCAGGGGUAAAAUCAGAGUACAAGAGGAUGGAAAUAGAGUUUAACAAAAAAAAUACACAGAUGGUAUAUUAUCAUAAAAUUACUUACAAGUUUUUUUGUAUCUCAAUAGAUAUUUUGAAACCAUGCAGUAUUUUUGGCCGAUGAGCAGGCUCGCGGCGCAGAAUCUAUAUAUAAGUUUAUGCAUUUGUAUUUUUAACAAUAAUGAAAGUAAAAUGAGAUUUUUUUAAAUUAUCUAAUUUUGGAAAAAUAUAUAAGCUUGAUCUAUUGAUAUAUCAAUCAUAUACAAUAUUUUAGAAUUAUUUCCGAUGAUAAUUAUAUUUUUUGUCAUUUUUAGUUAAUGACUAUUUUAUGCUAACGAACAAAUCUCUAGCCAAAAUCGAAUGUACAGCAAAUUUUUACAACUUCUUACAUUCCACAACAAUUAUAUUCUUUUUUUUUUUUUACAAAAGUCUUUAAGAAUGUAAAUAUUAGCAAGCAGUUUUUAUAAUCUUUAGAAAAUUCCUACUACAUAUUUUUCUAAAUAUAUGUAUAAUUUCUGAUGUAAUUUUCCAAAGUUAAAACCAAUAUAAAUGUUCAUAUAUAAUGUAGAUAUAUUAUUUUAAUAAACUUUGUAAUAUUAUUGUU